AAUCGACUGGGGUUCCUGGGUAGCUCCGCCCGCAAGGGCGAGGGGGCCAGGGCCCCGGUCAUUCCCUUUGUUCUUUGUUUCCUACCUGCCUACCAGGAGCCAGUGGGCGGAGCCACCCGAAGUCAGGAUGCUCGUACCUUCUCUGCUGUAAAGGGACGUCUCUCAGGCUCCUUCUCCAUGCCAGCUUCCUUGCCCCUGUGAUUGUUGUGUUCAUGUGGAUCAAGCCAGUCUCCCGGGAUCUUAUGCUACAUGCCCCCAUAGGGAAGGAGUCAGUCCAGAUCAUGUCUGACACCACCUACAACUCUGUGCAUCUCUGGACCAUUAUGGUGCUGUGCUUCCUCCGCCUGGCUGUCAUCCGUCUCCAUCUCCAGGCAUACCUGAAUCUUGCCGAUUGCUGGGUAGAGCAGAUGAAGCGAGAAGCUGGCCGUAUCACUGUGCUGGAGAUCCAGCAGAAGGUAUGGAGAUCCAGUGGGGCGGAGAUCCAGUGUUGGGAUGCUGGAGAUCCAGUGCGGUGGAUUGACUCAUCUGGGGUGGAUGCACAGGUGACCCAGGUUGAGAGAAGAGUGCAUGCCCCUAACUAAUUUCAGAUGCAAAACCAUGGU